CACCAACAAGAACGGAGACAAAGCCAAUCGAAGCUACCGAUCCAUCCCAUCGUUAAAAACCAAAUCUGUCUUCUCCUCUUCGCUCACACACAGUCAUACCAACUCUUCCCCCACAAUCGGCUCUGACCCCUUCAUCCCCUCCCCAUUACCUCCACCAUUUUCCCCAUCAGGGUGUCUCCCAAAAACCAAAAGAAACAAUGGGCAAGGGUGGGUCUUUGAGCGACAGCGUCAUCAAGAAGAUCCUUCUCUCUUACACCUAUGUAGCAAUUUGGAUCUUCCUCAGCUUCACCGUCAUCGUCUACAACAAAUAUAUCCUCGACAAGAAGAUGUACAAUUGGCCUUUCCCUAUCUCUCUAACCAUGAUCCACAUGUCCUUUUGCGCCACUCUCGCUUUCCUCCUCAUCAAAGUCUUCAAAGUUGUCGAACCUGUUUCCAUGUCUCGAGAGCUUUAUUUCUCUUCCGUUGUCCCCAUCGGUGCUCUUUACUCUCUCAGCCUAUGGCUUUCCAAUUCCGCUUACAUCUACUUGUCUGUUUCCUUUAUUCAGAUGCUUAAAGCCCUGAUGCCUGUUGCUGUUUAUUCCAUUGGGGUUCUUUUUAAAAAAGAGGGCUUUAAGACUGCUACAAUGGUCAAUAUGUUGUCCAUCUCUUUCGGGGUCGCCAUUGCAGCUUAUGGGGAAGCUAGAUUUGAUACCUGGGGAGUGAUUUUGCAGUUGGGAGCCGUUGCUUUUGAGGCUACCAGAUUGGUUAUGAUCCAAAUCUUGCUUACUUCUAAAGGGAUCACCUUGAAUCCCAUUACUUCUCUGUAUUAUGUUGCGCCAUGCUGUUUUGUUUUCUUGUUGGUGCCAUGGAUUUUUGUUGAGUUACCAGUUUUGAAAGAGACAUCAAGUUUCCAUUUCGAUUUCGUCAUUUUUGGGACCAAUUCUUUCUGUGCUUUUGCUCUGAAUCUAGCUGUGUUCUUACUUGUUGGAAAGACUUCUGCUUUGACCAUGAAUGUAGCUGGGGUUGUCAAGGACUGGUUGUUGAUUGCAUUCUCUUGGUCUGUUAUUAAGGAUACCGUGACACCAAUCAACUUGUUUGGGUAUGGGCUGGCGUUUUUGGGUGUUGCUUACUAUAAUCAUUCCAAGUUACAGGCUUUGAAAGCGAAAGAAGCACAGAAGAAGACUGCACAGGCUGACGAGGAAGCUGGGAGGUUGUUGGACGAGAGGGAUGGUGAGGGAACUGGCAAGAAGAAUGAAUCUCAAAAUUAGUUCAGAUCGGUGGUUGAUUUUAGGAUAUGAAAUAUGGAAAGAGAGGUUGCUAAUAAGGGCUAAAGGGAGUGAGGUUUGGAUGAUUAUCCAAAGGGUUUGCAUUCAAGGGCAAAAGGAAAUGAGUCAGAUUUCUUUUGCUCUUUUGGCUGCAUUUGGGUUUUGGUAUGUUGUCUUAGGUUUCCGUUCCAUAAUCUAGUUAUUAUGGCCAUUUCUUAGUAAUGUCAGGGGGUUGGGAGUCACAUCUGUUGCUUAUUGCACCGAUUAAUGUAUGUUAGUAGAGGAAGAAGAAUCUCAAAUGGCCUGUGCUUUUGUUUGCCGUUUUUCAUUUUAUUUUUUUGUCUCUUCCUUUUGGGAUGUUGACAGAUGUUUCUGUAGGUACUUCUUCCAUUGAUGGAGUAUUAGUGCUUAUUUAUUCACAUACGCUUCUUUGUUCUUGUCUGGUUUCAUUUUUUUUUGCUUAUGCCUUAUUGCAAUGUGAUUUUGGCAUGUUUCUCUUGCAGCUGGAUUAAUAUGAUGCUUUGAUUCUGAUUGCAGACUCUCUUUGUGAUUUGUUUUUUUUACGUU